GAAGAUAAGCAGAAUGGCGCCAAAAACAAGUGUGUCUGGUGUUGAGAAAGGUAGAGUGUCAGUGUUUGUGAAGGAGGGAGAUUCAGUCACUUUACACACUGAUGUUAAAACAAACCAACAAGAAGAUAUUAAAUGGUAUUUUAUUGACAUUCGUAUAGCUGAAAUCACUGGAGAUCUCAGUUAUAUCUGUACAGAUGUUCAGUGUAAUGAAGGCACUGAGAGAUUCAGAGACAGACUGAAGCUGGAUCAUCAGACUGGAUCUCUGACCAUCAUGAACAUCAACCCUACAGACUCUGGGCUUUAUGAAUUAAAGAUCAUCAGCAUCAGAAACAGCAGUGAACAGACCUCCAGUGUUACUGUUUAUGAUGUUCCUGCUGCUGAACGAGAUGAAAUGAAGGGAAAGUCAGUGAAGGAGGGAGAAUCUGUCACUUUAAAUCCUGGUGUAGUAAAAAACCCAAAUGAUUUGAUGACGUGGUAUUUUAAUGACAUUUGCAUCGCUGAAAUCACUGCAGAACCCAGAAAGAUCUGUACAGAUGUUCAGUGUAAUAAUGGUACUGAGAGAUUCAGAGACAGACUGAAGCUGGACAAUCAGACUGGAUCUCUGACCAUCACAAACACCAGAACUACAGACUCUGGACUUUAUAAACUACAGAUCAGCAGCAGCAGCUUCAGCAUCAUAAGGAGCUUCAGUGUUAAUGUCACUGGUGUGUAUCAUUUAGUUUAUUUCCCUUGA